AUGAUCAGGACCGCCGCCUCACGCACCCGCUUUGCGCCCUUGCAGCUCAGUCGCACCCCGCUCAGAGUCAGUGCACGCAACCACUCGACCUCGUCUUCGCACUCGGCGUCAUCCUCGAAGACGUCAGCGGGCAAGUCCGAGGCGACCGAGAACGAGACGGCGUCAUCGCGAGGAAACCCAGCACCGACUACAACUUCUGCGACCAACUCCUCCGGCAUCCAAACCGCCUCUACCUCGACAUCACUAGGCAACGCAGCGACGGUCCUCUCCUCGCAGACGACCCCGAACUCCGCCACCUCAAACUCUCCCUCGGCUCCUACUGCCACUCCCCGCCGACCUCCGACGAUCGCGGAGAAGGAAGCCGAAGCGCUACGUCGACUGGAGGAACGGUUAGGUGGCGCGCAGGAGGCCCAACUGGGUGAACUGGAUGAACAUGGUCGACCGAGGGCGAUGGCCAAGCAUGUCAGUGGUAACCUUUUCAGGUUGAUCUGA